AUGAACCGUCUGCGCAUCGCUCCCCUCUCCUCCAUCCGAUUGCCGUCGUCGACGCUGCGCCGCACCACCUGCCACCACCACGACCCCCGACCGACUCCCCAGACUCUCAUCGCCUUCUCCACCUCGGCCUGCACCAUGGCUCCCUCCAAGGCCGCCCUCGACUUUGUCGACUUUGUCAACGCCUCGCCGACUCCUUACCACGCCGUCGCUGCCGCCGUCGAGAUCCUCGAAAAGGCCGGCUUCCAGCAGAUCCACGAGCGCGACCCCUGGGCCUCGUCCGUCCGCCCCGGCGGCAAGUACUACGUCACCCGCAACGGCUCCUCGAUUGCCGCCUUUGCCGUCGGCCACAAGUGGCGCGCGGGUAACCCCGUCUCCGUCGUCGGCGCGCACACCGACUCGUGCUGCCUGCGCCUCAAGCCCGUGUCCAAGAAGUCGCAGGUCGGCUACGACCAGAUCGCCGUGGAAAAGUACGGCGGCGGCAUCUGGACCUCGUGGUUCGACCGCGACCUGAGCCUGGCCGGCCGCGUCCUUGUCCGCCACGCGGGCGGCUCCAUCGUGCCCAGGCUCGUCAAGGUCGACCGGCCCCUCGUCCGCAUCCCCACGCUCGCCAUCCACCUGCACCGCCAGUCCAACUUUGACCCCAACACCGAGACCGAGCUGCUCCCCAUCACCGCCCUCGCCGAGCAGCAGCUCAACAAGGCCCCCGCCAACGGCGGCCGCCGCGCCGAGGGCGACGGCGACGAGGACUUCCAGCCCCUCGCCGACAUGGCCGACCGCCACCACCCCGCCGUCCUCGACGUCAUUGCCCGCGAGGCCGGCGUCUCGGUCGACGCCAUUGUCGACUUUGAGAUGAUGCUCUACGACACCCAGGACGCCUGCAUCGGCGGCCUCAACGACGAGUUUGUCUUUGCGCCCCGCCUCGACAACCUCGAGAUGACGUACUGCUCGAUCGAGGGCCUCGUCGCCUCGGUCAGGGCCAAGGACGCGCUCGACGGCGACAACACCAUCCGCAUGGCCGUCUGCUUCGACCACGAGGAGAUUGGCUCCAAGUCGGCCCAGGGCGCGCACUCCAACAUGCUGCCCGCGGUCCUGCGCCGCCUCGCCGUCCUGCCCGGCAGCAGCAGCAGCAGCAGCAGCAGCCGUGAUGCCCACUCGGACAAGAGCUACGAGCACGUGUCCGCCGCCGCCGCCGAGGGCGAGGAGUCGACGGCCUUUGAGCAGACGCUCGCGCGCUCGUUCCUCGUGUCGGCCGACAUGGCGCACGCCGUGCACCCCAACUACGUGGGCAAGUACGAGGCCGCGCACCAGCCGGCCAUGAACAAGGGCACCGUCAUCAAGGUCAACGCCAGCCAAAAGUACGCCACCAACUCGCCGGGCAUCGCGCUCCUGCAGGAGUGCGCCCGCGCCGCCGCCGUGCCCCUCCAGCUCUUCGUCGUCCGCAACGACUCGCUCUGCGGCAGCACCAUCGGCCCCGGCCUCGCCGCCCUGCUGGGCGUGCGCACCAUUGACGUCGGCAACGCGCAGCUCAGCAUGCACAGCAUCCGCGAGACGGGCGGCACCGCCGACAUUCCCAUUGCCAUUAAGCUGUUUGAGGAGUUUUACUCAUCGUACGGCGCCAUGGAGCCCAAGAUUCUGAUUGACUAA